UAAUUAUAAUUAAUUGUAUUUUUGGAUUUAAUUGAGCAAGACUCGCAGUGACACGUAAAUAUAAAUAGUGAACUGCAGGCUUGCUACUUUUAAAACGAUUGCAAAAUGUGUAGCGUUGUGUUUGAUGCGGACGUGUUUCAUCCACCUAGCCACCUGGACGUGCCCUUUUUCGAGGAAGUGCUGGAAACGGCCCUGCGAACAACAAAGGUAAAGCUGGUGGCCGUACAUAUUCGAAAGGGAAGUAGCACCGGUGAAAACUACUGCAGUCAGAUCUACCGGGCAAAUGUGUCCUUCACUAGCUCAGAUCAUCCUGCUCAGAACAUGGUAUUUAUUGUGAAGAGCAUUCCUCACCUGGAUUCCGUGGAGUUUAUUGUUGAUCUACAAGUGUACCUUAAAGAGAAGAUAACGUACUUCGAGGUUCUUCCGCGGAUGGAGCUUAUGAUGAGGUGCAACCGACGCUUCGGACCCAAACUAUAUAAGUGCAUGAAACAACCGGAAAACACUCUUGUGUUCGAGGAUCUUGGCGAUUUGGGCUACGUAAUGGCCUCCCGCGAAUUAGGCUUGGACGAGGAGCACUGUCAGCUGGUCAUGGAGCGUUUAGCAGAGUUUCACGCCUCUUCGAUGGCUUUGGCAGUUCUGGAUCCCCACAUAUUUGAUUUUUACGCCGACGGCAUGCUAUCGCCGAAAGCACUUGAAGAGGACGGCUUACUGAUGCGUUUCUUCUCAAGCAAUGGCAAGGAACUGCAUUCACUUGUGAGUUCAUGGCCUGGCUUCGAUCGAAUCGCCGGGAAGAUCGAAAACUAUAUGAUGAACCAGCGGGCUAAUUUGGAACGCAGUCAAGCUCCGCUGGAGAAGGAGGUUAAAGUACUUAACCACGGUGACUUGUGGGUAAACAAUUUGCUAUUUAAGUAUGACACAGCGAAUCGUCCGCUGGACCUUAUCCUCAUCGACUUUCAGCUGAGCAUAUGGGGCAGUCCAGGAAUAGACUUAAAUUAUUUUUUUUAUACCAGCCUUUCCUUGGAUGUGCUGGUUAACCAACGGACCAAGUUACUGCGGUCUUACCACGAUAAGCUGUCAAAAACUCUGCUAAAUCUCGACAUGGGCGUCCCGGUCCCCAGCUUCGAGCAGAUCUUAGAAGAAGUCGAACGCCGCGAAGCCUACGGAUUCUUCGCCAGUUACGGCAUCCUUCCCACUAUCAGUCAGAAUAAGGCCCAAACCACUGACAACAAUCUGAACAACUUUAAUGACGCAGACUUUGCAAAGCAGAAGGUUCGUCAGAUGUUUACGUCCCGGCGACUGGCAGAGACUUUGCGCUACUCGUUGCCGCACUUCGAACGAGCUGGCGUUUUCGAUUGAAUUGUUUUUAAACUCAUAAACAGAUGAGACAAGUUUUUGUAACAAAAUAACAUAUUAGUGCGCCCAAAGAAGAAUUUCUGGACAUGA